CUGUUCACCGACCGCCCCAGAGGAGGGAUUCGCUGCUUUCGCCAUCGCGGUCUGCCGGCCUACUUGCCCUCUCGCUUCCCCUGGCUCAGCGGGAAGGUCAGCAGCGUGCUGGAGCUGCCUUGUCAGUCUCCCAAGGCCAUGAAUUGCAGCGAUAGCCGAUGGCUGCAAAACCUGUUGAGCCGCCUGCUGCUUGAGCUGCACCAUCAGGGCAACACCAGUGGUCUGGUCGCUGGCUCUGACCUGAGUAUGGGCAUGGGGGCCGUGCCUGACACUUUCGGAGGCCGCGAGGCCACCAGCGCCAAGGGCGAUGAUGCUUACCUCUACAUCCUGCUCAUUAUGAUCUUCUAUGCCUGCCUGGCCGGAGGCCUCAUAAUGGCCUAUACUCGCUCCCGCAAGCUCUGCAAGGCCAAGCAGAAGCCGACCCAGACUUGCAAUACCCUGCCUCAAUGGGCCUCUGGUUGUGCCCUGGACACCGAUGCUGAGACUGCUGCCAACUUUCUGGUGGAAGGCCACCGACUGCUCGCCCCUGAGACGCUGCCUGCCCUCACCCAGGGUGCCGAACGGGUCUAGAACCACAGCCCCAGCUCUGUAGCUUGCUGGCUCGUGCCCUCCUCAUCUAGCUUAUUUCUGGGUGCCACUCCUGCCCCUUCUUUCCCUUGCAGGGUUCGCCUCACCUGAGGACCAGUCAGUGACGUGAGAUCAGGAGACCUUGUCCGGAAAGCCCAGGAAGAAGAACCCCUUAUUUACUCCUGGCCAGUUUUUCUCUCUUCUCUUCCCACACUACCACCCCCAUCCCUCAUAUCCAGCUGCACUAAACUGCCUCUGCUCUCUUGUCUUCAGACAGCCCUGAUAUGCAGUGAUAGCCCACUGGGAACUGAAUCCAACACGUCCAACACGGGGCAUUGAACUGAAGAACUAAGUCUGUCAGAACUCUGAUCUUUCUAACCGGCAGCUGCCCUGGGAGCUCACAGGGAUCUCUCACACUGCAAAGCCAUUGAGCUUCACUGCCAGGUCAGGAUUACUGCAGCAGAUUCAGCUUUUCAUUGCCUUAGGAACAGAAACAGAAAAUGAAGAGAGCUCAGAUAUCUUUUCCUUCCCUUUGUCAUUCAGCAGGAACUAGUUUGAGAUGGCAUAGACUUAAUGGAAACUGAAGUGGGAGGGGACUUAAUAGAAGAGGAAGAUCUAUGACCUCAAAUUGUGUGGUUUCUUGCCUACCUAGUUGUCAUCUCACAGGUUGCUUGGCAGAGUUUUAGUAGCUUGACCUACUGCUGUGGGUAAGGAUAACAGGUGUAUUACCCCAAAACUUCUAAAUGCAUUCCCUAUAUUAAGUUGUCAGUGUCAGCUCCAUCCAUGGAACAUGAGAGCCCAAGAUCCCCUGCUCUGUAACCUUGGGGAAUGUAUAAGGCAGGUAAUAAAUGUAGUUUAAACAAUAACCUGUGACUCUUUUCUCAAACACCCCAGCCUUGAGACUCAGCUCUAUAUAAGGAAUCUUUCUUUGUUUUUGGAAAUGGUAUUUGGAUUUGGGAGUUGAGUUGUUGUGAUAUCUGUAUUCAUAUGACCAGAUCCAAUAUGAUGUGAAGAAUUGUAGGUGAAAAAAAGGUUUAAGGUGGGUGUGUACCUAUAGUCCUAGCUGCUUGGGAGUUGAGGUAGGAAGAUUCCUUGAACCCAGGUGCUGAAAAAAAAAGUUAAUAUAGCUAAAUGAAUUAAUUUUAUUGCAAGUAUUUCAAAAGUUAUACCUGCUUUGUUACUUCAUCUGUUUAAUUCUGAAGCCCUCUCAAAUAUGAACACAAAACAAAGAUACCUACUUUCCUUUUUAAGUUUUCAGGAUGCAUUGAAAACAACAGAACAGAAAAGAAAAGUUUCCCAGGAUCAUUUUUAUUAGUUUUUAUAAAAGCUAAUUUUUAAUAUUUUGGUUUCUUGAGACGGUGUCUAGGUAUAUAGCUCAGGUUGCCCUGGAACUCAUGACAACCUUCCUACCUUAGCAAGUUUCAGUCUAAAGGUAGCCCCAUCUCCUUAAAGGAUGGGCCAGGGACUGGCCAGCCAUGCAAAGGAAAGACAGCGUGAGAAAAAAUGCAGUAAUAGCCAUGUCAGGGAAGCCUGGGGGAUGGGGAAAGAGUGCUGGGGGGAUGGGAAACAGUGCCUAGCCCUUGCCUUAAGUAUAGCGCUAUUGCUCAUUUAUUUUAUAUAACUGGGGACACAAAGUUAUUUUGAUAAUGAACCAUACUCCCUUAUUUAGGUGUUGAAAUAUUGUAAAUAUAUUUCUAAAAUUUUUCUAUAGAUAUUUAAAAUGUUUUUAGCCCAGAUUAAAGGAGCUGGGAAUACUUGGGACAAUACCAUAAAGAAGCAUUGGUACCACACAUCUGUGGGAAAGGAAUACCAUGGCAAAAUGUUCUUGCUUUAGAAAACACUUCAACCUUUAUUAUGAUGACUUCAUGUACCCAUUAAAAACUUGUAACCGGAGCAGCUAUAGAAAGCUCCUCAUGAGAGCAGUGAACCGGCCUGGAAGAGAACAAUUUGUUUUACUGGCCAAUUGCUUUUUCAACUACUUUCAUAGUUGAACCGUGCCCCAGAUAAUGAAGCUUCCCAGAAGCCUGGGCACUUAACGGUCUCCCAGCCACUGGGCUGUCAACAGCAUUCAUGUGAUCACUUUGUGAUAAGUACAAGAUAAAUAGAAGAAAGAAAAAAGCUGUAUGCUUGGCCAACCCCCCGUUUUGUUAAAGUUUUCCUAAAUUGCAUGGGCUGAUAGGCAAAUAGGGAAGAUAUUAGCUAUGUCCUUAAUAUGAUUUCAAACAACAUUCUAAUAAAUUAGAGUGAGUUUCUUUACACUCCAUGUAGCAGUCUUUUACUAUACUCUGCAUAUCAGAUCCUAUUUCCAUUCAGAUUUGGACCUUUGCUCUCUAGUAACCAUGAAACAGAAGGGAGACCAUGUUUCCCUGCUUCUAACUUGAGACUUUCAACAAAGGGAUGAGGAAAUGAUUUGAGUUCAACUGUCUGGAAGUGCUCACCAACAGUAUAAAGUAGGCCCGAGAUCGUAGCUUAGCGAUAGAGUACUAGCCUAGCAUGGAGGAAGGCCUGGGUUCAAGCUCAAGUAC